GGAACCCGCCCGCCCGCCUGCCCGGCGGCGCCCAGGAGAGACACCGCCACCGCCCGGCCCAGGCCCAGGCCCAGGCCCUGCGCAGAGCGAAGCGGAGCGGCGUCUACCCGGGCCCUGCAAGCCGGCGCGGCGGGGGCGGGCCCAAGAUCUUCCGCGGAUCUUCCAUUCUCCAGGGCAGGAGCGGGAGCCCCAGCGUCCCGGAUCGGGCUGGGCGCACGCCCAUGGCAAGCGCGGCCUGCCCGGGCCCCGGGGACCCUGCCAUGUGAGGCAGGCCCGGGCUGGGGGCCCGGCCAUGGCCGGGGAACGGCCCCCACUGCGGGGCCCUGGGCCAGGGCCCGGAGAGGCGCCGGGGGAGGGGCCCCCGGGACCGGGGGGCACGGGUGGAGGCCGGGGCCGCCCCUCCUCCUACCGGGCUCUCCGCAGCGCCGUGUCAAGCCUGGCGCGCGUGGACGAUUUCCACUGCGCCGAGAAGAUCGGGGCCGGCUUCUUCUCUGAGGUCUACAAGGUUAGGCACCGACAGUCAGGGCAAGUCAUGGUGCUGAAAAUGAACAGACUCCCCAGUAACCGGGGAAACACGCUACGCGAGGUGCAGCUGAUGAACCGGCUCCGACACCCCAACAUCCUAAGGUUCAUGGGGGUCUGUGUGCACCAGGGGCAGCUGCACGCUCUUACAGAGUAUAUGAAUGGGGGGACCCUGGAACAGCUGCUCAGCUCCCCAGAACCCCUAUCCUGGCCUGUCAGGCUCCACCUGGCUCUGGACAUUGCCCGCGGCCUGCGGUACCUACAUGCCAAAGGUGUAUUCCACCGAGACUUAACAUCCAAGAACUGUCUGAUCCGACGGGAAGACCGAGGCUUCACGGCUGUUGUGGGUGACUUCGGGCUGGCUGAAAAGAUUCCUGUGUAUAGGGAAGGGGCAAGAAAGGAGCCAUUGGCUGUGGUAGGUUCCCCAUACUGGAUGGCUCCAGAGGUGUUGCGGGGUGAGCUGUAUGAUGAGAAGGCCGACGUCUUUGCCUUUGGGAUUGUCCUCUGUGAGCUCAUUGCACGAGUACCUGCGGACCCAGAUUACCUGCCCCGAACUGAGGACUUCGGCCUGGAUGUGCCUGCUUUCCGGACCCUGGUAGGGGAUGACUGCCCACUGCCCUUCCUGCUCCUAGCCAUCCACUGCUGCAGUAUGGAACCAAGCACUCGUGCUCCCUUCACCGAAAUCACCCAGCACCUGGAAUGGAUCCUGGAGCAGCUGCCUGAGCCAGCCCCCCUCACCAGAGCUCCCCUGACACACAGUCAGAGGUCUGUUUCAAGAGGGGUUCCCUCUGCCACACUUCCUAGGCCAGACCCCCGGCUUUCCCGAAGCCGGUCAGACCUCUUCCUGCCCCCGUCACCAGAAUCACCCCCCAACUGGGGGGACAAUCUGACUCGCGUCAACCCCUUCUCACUCCGGGAAGACCUCCGGGGAGGCAAGAUCAAGCUGUUGGACACACCCAGCAAGCCAGUCGGGCCCCUGCCCCUUGUUGCACCAUCACCACUGCCCUCCACGCAGCUGCCCUUGGUGACCACUCCAGAGAUCCUGAUCCACCCCGGGACCCCUGCCCGUCGCUGCCGCUCGCUCCCAUCAUCCCCUGAGCUCCCCCGACGUAUGGAGACAGCACUGCCAGGUCCUGGCCCUCCCAGCGUGGGCCCCUCGGCUGAAGAAAGAAUGGAGUGUGAGGGCAGUAGCCCUGAGCCAGAACCCCCAGGACCAGCUCCCCAGCUGCCCCUGGCCGUGGCCACAGACAACUUCAUCAGCACUUGUUCCUCAGCCUCCCAGCCCUGGUCCCCUAGAUCAGGACCUGUCCUUAACAACAACCCCCCGGCUGUGGUGGUGAACUCCCCACAGGGCUGGGCUGGGGAGCCGUGGAACCGGGCCCAGCAUAGCCUGCCCCGGGCAGCAGCCCUGGAGCGGACAGAACCCUCACCGCCCCCUUCAGCUCCCCGGGAGUCUGAUGAGGGGCUGCCCUGCCCUGGCUGCUGUCUUGGCCCUUUCAGCUUUGGCUUCCUGUCCAUGUGCCCCCGCCCCACACCAGCUGUUGCCCGCUACCGCAACCUGAACUGUGAGGCGGGCAGUCUCCUCUGCCACCGAGGGCACCACGCCAAGCCUCCCACACCCGGCCUGCAGCUGCCCGGGGCGCGCUCUUAACAGUGGGGCCUGUGGUCUCUGGCCUCUAACUUUGGCCUUCAGGAAGCCCUGUGAGGACUGAGCACACAUGUUGGACAGUGCCAGCCCCAGAUGGGCUGACCGGCUCUGCUCCCCAUGUAGGGGAGCCUCAGCAUGGAUUCAAGGGACGGAACAUUUCCUAUCCAGCCCCUGGGUUUGCUCUUCUGUGGGCGAUCACUGAACCAGACAAAGCAUUGCUGACACAUGAGACUAACACGUGCAAUUAUUUAAAAAUAUUUCAAUAAAACUGCCUGGCUGGCUCCGGGCUGCCCCUAUCCACUCA